UGGCUUCAAUACAAGCUACCCAGACUUUCACUUUACACUCGAAACACUGUAUUUCCUUUUCAACACGGAGACUACAGCGAAUAACGAAUGAACGAAAAAGUACACGGACCAUGCAGGAUUGCAAACCUAGAUCGACACCCUGUGAACAAAAUUAGACUAUACUAAUGGUGCUGAUGAUCCAGGUAAUGGUCUAACUGAUCCAGUCUCUCUAGGUUAGAAACACCCAGAUCUAUUCAGAUGCAAAUCAGAAACUUCAGGGAACUAUGACAAGUGUGGCCCCUUCAUCUUAUGCUAAAGGGCACAAUCUUCCAGCAUUGCAGAUUGUGCUGGUAGGAGGCAGAGAGCUAGGGGGAAUUGAAGCAAGUGGGAAGACUUGCUCAGGAAACACAAUCCUUGGGAAAGAUGACAGUCCUGUUCGAAAGAGAACUUCAAUAUCUGUUAAGAGUGAGGGUCGAAGAUUUGGGAGACAUGUCACUGUGGUUGACACACCAGGAUGGUGGUGGCAUUUUUCACUGGAAGACACCCCUAAACAUGAUCAGAUUGAAUUUGUGAAUGGAGCGGCUUUAUGCUCUCCUGGGCCGCAUGCCUUUCUGCUUGUCAUUCCAGUGGACAUGGGUUUUCCUGAAGUAUACAGGUUUUCAUUGGAGGAGCACCUAGGACGUCUGAAAGGAAAUGUUUGGCAAUACACCAUUGUGUUAUUCAGUUCAAAUGGUCCACAUCAGAAAGAUGUUUUUGAGAAACACUUGAAGCAGUGGCCAGACCUGCAGUGGGUUAUAAAGAAAUGCCAGAACAGGUACCACAUCCUUGACAAUAAAAACAAAAGUGAUGAGUCUCAGAUCCUGGAACUUUUCAAUAAAAUAGAGAAGUUGGUAGCGAUGAACGGGGGACAGUGUUAUGAAUCGGGAGAGAAUGCUCUCCAUCUGGAACAAUGGAGGAGCAUAGUUAAAGAGGCAGCUGAAGAAAGGAUCAAGGCAGUGGAAACGCAAAGGGCAUUGCUGAAUGAAGACAUAAGGGAUGAUCAGCUGGGUGAAGAGAGAAGAAUUGCCAUCGUUGGAGCACAGUAUGCAGCAAGAAGUUCUUCUGGCAACACCAUCCUGGGAAGAGAAGCAUUUGUUGAGGGAAGUAAAAGAACAGUCCGAUGUACAAUGCAAAAGGGUAAAGUUGCAGGAAGACAUGUUACAGUGGUAGACACACCUGGGUGGUUUUACAAUAGCCCUUCAUGUGCCACAGCUGCCAUGGACAAACUGGAGAUGAAGCUCGGUGUGUCCCUCUGUGCUCCUGGACCACAUGCAGUUAUUUUGACUGUUCCUUUUGCCACAGCGUUUAACAAGUCUUACUGUCAAGCUGUGAAGGAGCACAUGAUGCUCUUUGGUGAGGAUGUCUGGAGAUACACGAUUGUUCUCUUUACAAGAGGAGAUUGGCUUGGAGAUACCACACCAGAAGAACGUAUUGAGAGUGAAGGGGAAGACCUGAAGUGGCUCAUUGAGAAGUGUGGAAACCGGUAUCAUACGUUCAACAACAAGAACAGAGAUGAUCAAACCCAAGUGAAAGAACUUCUAAAGAAGAUAGAUGAGAUGGUAGCCAGUAAUAGUGGCUGCUGUUAUGAGAUGGAUCGAGAUGUUGCCAUGGAAAAUGCUGAAAAGAAGAUGUUAACAGAGGAAAAUGCUGAAAAACUCCUAGGCAACACAACAAAAAUCAGGGCAGUUCUUAAGAAACUCUAUAAAGGUCAGAAACACAGUUUCUCUGAGCAAACACUUGUUCUUCUUGGUGCAAGAGAAGCGGGGAAAAGCACAGCUGGCAAUACAAUUCUCAUGGGAUUUGCAUUCCGGUCUGGCCUCACCAAGGCGUUCAAAAAUCGUCGCGGGACCACAAAAUGUCUCCCAUGUCAGAGACGCAUUUUAAAAAAAAAUGUCACAGUGGUUGAUACACCAGGCUGGAGCACAUCGACCGAUGAUGCAUCUGUUUUGGUGGAAGAAGAGAUUGCACGUGGUGUGUCCAUGUGCUUGCCAGGUCCGCAUGGUUUCCUGUUGGUUAUUCCUGCAAACAAGCCAUUCACAGAGGAAGACAAGAAAGCUACAACCAAGUACAUGAACAUCAUUGGAGAGAGUGCGUGGAGACACACCGUACUUGUGUUCACCUGUGGAGACUGGCUCGGCAACAAAUCAGUUGAGGAGUACAUCGAGAGUGAAGGCGACAACCUUAAGUGGCUGGUGGAGAAAUGUGGCAACAGGUACCACCUUCUGAAUAACUUUGUUGAUACCACAGAAUCUCAACUGUCUCAGGUCCGUAAGCUGUUGGAGAAGAUAGAUGAGAUGAUCGUUAGAAACAGAGAAAAAGUAUUCUGUCCAGUGGCAAAGCAGUCAUCGCCAUUUAAUUGGUUUCGGAAAAAAACUUUCACUGAGGAUGAAUGGCUCAAGCGAGAGGAUGACCUCGUGGAGAGAAUGCUGAGAGCUGUGGUUGAAGAACCAGAAAAAAAGCCAGUAGAGGCCAGAGAUGGAAGCAUUGUCAUCAGUAUCCCAAACAUGAAUGAAGAGACUCCUUCAGAAUUUGAGAUGUCUGUCAGUCGUGGACCACCAAUAGUGGCCUGGUGGAGGUCAAGGUUCCUCAAUUUUGCAGCAUCAUCUGGUUAUGAUACCAUGAGUACAGCACAGAGUGUCAGAGGAGCUGAUGGUAUGAGUGAACUGGAAUAUAGCAUGGCUGAGCAAUCAGACCAACAAAAGCUUCUAAAUGUUCCCAACAAAUCCUUCAUCAGAAAUUAUAUUGCUCUAGGAAGUCCUCUAAAAAUCAUGUCGCGUAUGAAUCCACUCAGAAGAAAUUCCUUGUAAGUAGCAAAGGACUAAAACUGAAUCUGUAAAGAGACAUUAUUUCAGUACUGUAUCUGAACACAAUACUGUAUGUAUUCUUGAUUUCCAUGCCUUUGCGUCAACAAUAGCCAUGGCUGCAGGCAUUAUAUUUUUGUGUUGUCCAUACGUUCAUCUGUCCGCCUCAAUCUUGUGAAUGCGAUAUCUCAAAUUCAAGGUCCCAUUCUUGUCUCAAGAAUGCCUUGGGCAAAUGCUUCAAUUUAAGUACAAUUUCUUCUUUGGGAGACAAUUAAAUGUGUUAAAUGAUACAAAUUGAUCUUAUCUUUACUUGGACUCUAAGAUUAACUGAUUUGAUUUUGGAUGUCAAGGUCACUCACUACAUGUCCUAUUCUUGUGGAUGUGAUAUCUUAAAGCCCCCCUGUGUAAGAAUUUAUCCCAUCUAGUGGUUAGGUGUUACAUUGCAACCAACCUCUCAAGCGCUGCAUCAUUUAGAACUACGGUAGCCGUCGCACAUCAGAAACUGGCACCAGUUCCGCACUCCUCGGCGCGUCAAAACAUAAACUUUUCUCUGAAUAAGCAGUAACAAAAUAUUCAUAUAAUUUUAUGUACUAUUGUAUUGCCAUUGGUUGUGUGUAAAACACUUUCGGACACGGAAUGAAAAGUUUCAUUUUUCCUGUUAACCGAGCUAGAUAACGUUAGCACAGUAAACGGAAAGUGAAUGGGAACGGCUAGUAAUGUUCACUAGCUAGGUAGCAGCUAGGGACUUUGGUUAAACUUGUAUAUUGUUGCAAACUAACCUGAAAUAAUAAUAAUAAUAAUAAUAAUAAUACAUUUUAUUUAUAAAGUGCCUUUCAAGACACCCAAGGUCGCUUAAAAAAUAAAGAUGUCUGACUGAGCGGUGUAGUCGCCAGCGUACCAGUCACCAAGACAUGACAUACAUUUAAACAAUAACAAACACAGGACAAAAGAAGCCGGACGGAGUGGCGUAGUCGCCAGCGUAGGCUACCCGUGACACCAAGACAGCCUACAAGACAGACAAUAAAACAAAUAAA